AUGGAGAGACUGAAGAAUUAUGCUUCAGUACAAAAUUUGCUUAAAGGAGCAGUAGAUAACGCCAUUGAGAGUGAGAAUGGACAUCUGGAUCUGUUCCUGCGGUUCCUGCUGGGCGUCUCACUGGAGUCCAAUCAGAGACACUUACAGGAUCUACUGACACACACAGAGAACAGCUCAGAGAGCAUCAGGAGAACCACACAGUACAUUAAAGGGAAGAUCAGAGAUGGACAUGGACUCUCCACUGAAAGAUCCAUCAAUCUGUUCCUCUGUCUGCUGGAAGUGAAAGAUCAGACUCUGUCCAGAGAGAUUCAGAAGUUUGUGAAAUCAGACAAACACUCAGAGAAGAAGCUCUCUGCUGCUCACUGCUCAACAAUCACCUACAUGCUUCAGAUGUCAGAGGAGCCGCUGGAUGAGCUGGACCUCAAGAAAUACAACACAUCAGCUGAGGGAAGAAGAAGACUGAUACCAGCUGUGAUCAACUGCAGAAAAGCUCUUUUUGCUGGCUGUAAUCUCACUUCCCAGUCCUGUGAAAUUGUGUCAUCAGUUCUAAAGUCCUCAAACUGUGUCCUGAGAGAGCUGGAUCUGAUUAACAAUGACCUGCAGGAUUCAGGAGUGAAGCUGCUCUCUGAUGGACUAAAGAGUCCAAACUGUCAGCUGCAGAUACUGAGGUUGUCUGGCUGUAUGGUGACAGAGGAAGGCUGUGGUUAUUUGUCUUCAGCUCUGAGUUCAAACCCCUCACACCUGAGAGAGCUGGAUCUGAGCUACAAUCACCCAGGACCAUCAGGAGUCCAGCUGCUCAACCACAAACUGGAGGAUCCAAACUAUACACUGCAGAUAGUCAAUUUGGACCAUGGAGACCAUUUUAGGAUCACACGAGGUCUGCGUAAAUAUUUCUUUAAUCUCACACUGGAUCCAAACACUGUAAACAAUGAUCUCAUUCUGUCUGAGAACAACAAAAAGGCGACAUGUGAGAAAGUGAUGCAUUUUUAUCCUGAUCACCCAGAGAGAUUUGAUGGCUGUGAGCAGGUUCUGUGUAAAGAGAGACUGACUGGACGUUGUUACUGGGAGGCUGAAUGGAGCGGCUGGAGUUAUGUAGCAGUGACAUAUAAAGGAGUCAACCGGAAAGGAGGGAGCGACUGCUGGUUUGGAUACAAUGACAAAUCCUGGAGUCUGGACUGUUCUGAGAACAGAUUUACUGUCUGGCACAAUAAGAGCACUGAUGUAUCAGUCCCUUCAUGCGGCUCUAAUAGAGUAGGAGUGUAUGUGGACGUGUCUGCCGGCACUCUGUCCUUCUACAGCGUCUCUGACACACACACACUCACACACUUACACACAUUCAACACCACAUUCACCGAACCCCUCUAUGCUGGGAUUGGGGUUUAUGGAUCAUCCGUGUCACUCUGUCAGAUUUAA